UUUUUUUUUGUGUAAAAUUGAGUGGGUGAAGGAGCUUCUCUUUGUAGCAGUUAUUCAAGACCAUGUGCAGAGACCGGUGGAUACUGAACCGGUGAGAAUAAUUGUGGCACUUUUUCCUGAUGUGGCUGGAAGAAACAUGAACAAUGGCUCUUUUGAGGAAAAUAAACCAUAUCCUGCUCAUGAUGCUGGUUCUCAUAGUGUGUCUACUCCUGCACAGUAAGCUGUUCAGAGGCCCGCCUCGGCCCAAACUCAAACGCACAGAAACCAGGAAGGACCCAGAGCGUGCACCCAAAGUUCCUGUAGAGAAGGCAGCGGAGGGAGGGGAUGACAUCCCAGUGGUUAUCUGUGCUGCGGAGGAACGAAUGGGCGGUGCCAUGGCAACCAUCAACAGCAUCUAUAGCAACACAGAUGCCAGCGUGUUCUUCUAUAUUGUCACUCUUCGUGAUGCCAUCAAGCUGACAAGACAGUACAUAGAGAAGACCAAGCUGAAGGGAAUCAAGUAUAAGAUUCUAGAGUUCAACCCCAUGGUCCUGAAAGGGAAGGUGAAACCAGACUCCUCCCGACCAGACCUGCUGCAUCCACUGAACUUUGUACGCUUUUACUUGCCGCUCCUUGAUAUCAGCCACCAGAGGGUGAUCUACUUAGACGACGAUGUCAUUGUGCAAGGUGACAUCAAGGACCUGUACCAUACCAGGCUGGAGAAAGGCCAUGCUGCCGCCUUCGCCACAGACUGUGACCUGCCCUCCACCCACGAGAUGGUGCGCAGCGUGGGCAUGCAGACAACGUACAUGGGCUUCCUGGACUACAGGAAACAGGAAGUGAGAGACCUGGGGAUCAACCCCAGCGACUGCUCCUUCAACCCUGGGGUGUUUGUGGCCGACAUUGGAGAGUGGAAGAAACAGAAGAUCACCAAACAGCUGGAGAACUGGAUGCAGGAGAACUUAAAGAAAAACAUAUACAGCAGUGCCAUGGCAGGGGGCGUGGCGACUCCUCCUAUGCUGAUCGUGUUCCAUGACAAAUACACAAUCAUCGAUCCUCUGUGGCACGUCCGACACCUGGGCUGGAGCCCAGACGCCCGCUACCCUGAGACUUUCCUUCAGGGGGCACACCUGCUGCACUGGAACGGGCGCUUCAAGCCCUGGGACUACCCCUGUGUCCACCUGGACCUCUGGGAGAAGUGGUUCAUCCCAGAUCCCACCGGGAAAUUCUUGUUGGUACGGCCCGAGGGCAAAAACUGAGGGGUGUUUAACAGAUGUUAUGUAGGGGGAUGUCUGGCAUUUCAGACUGUGAAUGGAGGCUGUGAACAGUAAAUAUUGUUGAGGCCACUUUCUGAUAAUAAGUCCUAUUGCUGUUUCUUUGAAGGUUCCUAUCAAAACAUCAAGAACUCCAAGCCAGACAUGUACAGAAACAAGCUGUAUCAAAAAUGUGGUUGUUGUAAAAUAAAAAGAUGGAUAUUUGACUGUGGAAAGUCUGAAUUGGCUGACUACUGGCUA